GCCGAGGCGGGCGCCGGGGUCGGUGGCCAGAAGCCCCGGGCGGCCUGAGCCCGCGAUCCCCAGCCGCCUCGAUUCGGGGGUGCGCCGAGGAAGCGCUGUUUCCCGGCCGCCUCAGGGAGGGAGGGAGGGAAGCGGAGACCGAGCCAAAGGCAGCGCUGAGCGCGUUGGCUCUUACGGCGGGGGCCUCCAGCCCUUGGCCCGGGAGAUGGAGGCUCGGGAGCAGCGCCCGCCCCUGCGGUGCCUCCGAGGCCCUGGAGCGGGGAAGAAGGGUCCCCGCGGAGAGGGGACCCUUCUGGGGAAGGCCUUGGUUUCGGUACAGGCAGGCCUCGCCUUGCAGCCAUUGAUUUAGUGGCCGUUCGAAGGCACAGCCACAGUGAAAAAGUGACCCGUGGCCGUUUUUCAGAGUUACGUGGUCACGUGAUGAACGUUAACUCGCUCGGCAACGUGUGUGUAAGAGGGUUGCAGCGUCCCGGGGUCACGUGAUCCCCUUUGCGACCUUCUGACAAGCAAAGUCAAUGGGGGAGCCGGAUUCAUUUAACAACCGUGUUGCUAACCUAACAACUGCAGGGAUUCGGUUAACAAGGGGAGCAAGGAAGGUUGUAAAAUGGGGCAAAACUCAUUGAACUUGCUUAGCAAUGGAGAUUUGGGGCUCAGUUGUGAUUGUAAGUCAAGGACUACUUGUAAUAGAAACGGUGAGGAGUGAAAAGGUUCCGAUAAACGUAAAAGGGUUCUGGGCUUCCUUCCUCAUCUUCAAUAUUUCCUGGAAUUGGAAUGGGCACAAGUAAGCGCUGACUUCCUCCUUGCCCUCGCUCCCCUGUCAAAUGGCAGCUGGACGAACAAGAUGUGAGGGAGAAAAACCACCUGUUAAAUGUCUCCUAUCAGCUCCUGUGCUGUUGUCAGGGGUUACCUGAUCAGGAAAAGGCUUCAAAGCAUAAGGAGAAAGUACGAGAGCAUCGUCGAGGAAAUUGAAGGGGACUUGGAUUGGGUUCAGUGGACUGGCCAUUUCUUCCCAAGACCAGCGUUUCUCUCAAAGUCUGCCAAGAAAUCAAUAAAGCAAUUCAACAGAGAAGAGGUUAAAAUUGACAAGCCACAAAAACAGGAUGCACAAUAUUUUCAAGAGGUAUCACAGUCUAAACAAAUGCGUGACUUUGAGAUGCAGUUUCCAAGCCGAUUAUUGGCUGAAGUGGAACCCGAGAUCAGUGAGGUAGGACAGCAAGCUGUGGAUGCUCACUCUGGGAAUGUCUGCAGCCUGUCAGGAGAAAACGAGGAAGGCGGGGAAUCCAGCAAUGCCUCAUCUGACUGGAGCAGCACAGUUCUGGGGAUGGAGUCUCCCAGGAUGAGACACGAGUCUCAUUUCCCCAAAGCACCGGAAAUGCUCAGAGGGAUGCCUGGCCUGCAGAACUACCGCAAGCACCUGGCUAUGGAGCUGCUCUGGCUGCAACAGGCAAUUGCCAGCCGCAAGAAUUAUUUGAUCCUGAAGCAGAGAUUGGGGAAUCCAGCUUGAGAGCUCCCAUGCAAUCUUUUCACACUGAACUGGAAGCUGACACUGAGCCGCUACCUCCAGAAAGGAAGCCCGGGGCUGCAGGCAAGGUGUCUGCCCUGUUUCCUUAGAGAGGCCACAUUCUGAAGUCACCAUUCAGACUUACAAAAGGAACUGUAAAAGCUGGAGAUUGCGAAAGCUUUUCAAGGCUGGCAGACUUUUUGGAAUUGCAGUCGCAGAAGCUCCUUUUGGGCACUUUUGGUGGAGCAACAUCAGUUUUACCAGCAUUUGCAAAGCUACAGUAGCUAGUGAUCAGUGGGCCAUGGAAGCUGUCGUCUGUGUGAGGCUUUUUCCCCUGUCAGUUACAUUAGAGCAGCUUUGACCAGAAAGUUUUCAAUUCCUGGAGAUUAUUCCAGGGUCCUGUAUUGUAGCUGGAGCCCUUUUUCUUCUUCACAUCUGCUUUUGGUGCCUCCUGGCUGUUUGCUUAUUCUAAAAGUCUUUACUGCAUGAUUGUUUCUGCUAUUUUUCUGGCUUGUUUUUUAAAAAUUUGGAUGCUCUCUAUUAAUAAAUUAUUAUGAAAUUAAAUAAACA